CCUUUUGAUAAUUCAUUUUGUUGAUUUUCAAUAUCAUGCUCUUUAACACUCUCUGCUUUACUCUCUGAUUUCUUCCAUUUUUGUUGUUGUUUGUUGUUGUUUUCGUGAGAUUAUUCAGCGUUAUCCAGCGUUGUCAAAUAUGAAAACAGUAUUCAAAUAUAAAAUCCCUAGGUUUUCAAGUGUUUUAUUUAAUUUCUUCAAGUUUUUUCAAGUCUUGGCCUUGUCGAGAGGUGUUUUUUUUUUUUUGUUAUACAAAAAAAAAAAUGCUUUUGCUCCGAAAAGUAUUAUAAUUCUAACAAAACAUCAACAACAUUAAAAAAAUAAUAUUAAUAACAAUAAUGAUAACAAUCUGUGUGAAUCUGUGAAGUAAUAAUAUCUAGUAAUUAUAACAGGUAAUUUUGGCAAAAUGGCGUUGAGUGAUUGAGUCUAUGGCGUUUACAGUCAAACGCAUAGAAGAGAUUAGAGAUAUGUCAGUUGUCCCCAAUUUUUAACAAGUUUAAUUUGCGAUAAGAUAACAAAUAAAAAAAUAAAUAAAUAGUCACAAUAUCAAUUAAUAAAAUAUUUGUAAACGUAACAUCGGGGUUAUGGAAAUCGUGUCAUUAAAAAGAAAAUGUAGUACACGUGCUAGAGUUGGCAAACAUCGUACAUUAAAAAAAUUACGUGAGAGUUUUUUACAUGGUAAUGAUGAAGACAAUACAAAUAAAUCAAGUGAUGAUCGUUCAACAAUGUCAAAUUCAUGUGAAUAUAUAAGUGAUAAUAGUGAUAAUCAAAAUAUUGUUAGUGAAUUAAUAAAACUUGAGCCACAUAUUAAUCUUGAUUUUUUAUCUGAAGACGGUACAUUUACAAAUCAAGGUGAUUAUUAUGACACUUCAUUUGAUAAACAAACAUUACAAUCAACAAGUAAUAAACAAUUAAAUUCUACAAAAUAUAUUGAACUUAAAAAAUGGGCUAUUGAUCAUAAAAUUGCUGAGGAUGCACUACAAGAAUUGAUUGAUAUUUUAAGACCAAUAAUGCCUGAUAUACCCAAGACUGUAGAAGAAUUUUUGAGUGAAAAAAUAAACAGAGAGCCUGAGAAUGAAAAAAAUCCAGUAAUUAUGAAUGGAAACGAGUUUCAAGCUAUUAUGGAAAAAUUGACAUCCAUGCAGGGAGAUAUACGUGAGAUAUCAAAUAAUCAAAGAAACUUGGAGCAUUUGGUACGAAGUAAUCACUUUUUGAUUUCAAGUGAAAGUGAUCAAAGUUUUUCUGACAAAUACGAAGUUGAAUUACCAAUUAAAGAUGUGGAAAAGCUAUUUUCAUUUGAAGCAUUACUUGCUAAAAAUACACAGUGUCGAAAAGACUUUCAAGCAUCACUGAGUUUUCUUUUGGAAGAUAGAUUAUCAAGAAGUUCACUUGGAAUAAUAAGAAAAUUUAUGCAUCGAGAUGUCAUACUUAAAUGCACAGCUGUCAAACAAAUGGAAGGAAAAUUUGUCAUGAGACUUGAUAUACCAACAUUUUGGCACUCAAUAGUUGAUAUUCUUAUGAAGUAUCAUAAGGUUGCUGAGAAAGAGGUACAUGCUGCUUUGGGUACUGUGUUGACAAAUGCCAAAGAUUGGGAUGGUAAUAGAGCUCAACGAGAUAAAUCAUCAUCAGGAAAAUCUUUGCAGUGUUGACAUUCUUUUUUUAAAAUAAUUUUAAUACAUAAAAACAAUGAAAUUUUUUAAUAUUUACAAUAUAUUUUAUUUAUUGUAAAUUUAAAAUAUAAAUUCAUUAUAAAAUUAAUGAGCAAAAAAUUUUUUAUAUUGUUUGGAUGAUUUUUUUUUGGCUUGCUGUUGGCCAUUUGAUUGAUAACAAUAAACAAAUAUGAAAUAAUAAA